GCGCGGACGUCAGGUCCCGGGCGCUACGCAGUGCGGGUGCACGGACGCCAUGUCGGAGGGGACGAGCCAGAGGCGGUGUUGACGUUGUGUCGUUGUCCCCGACUGUGUACGCGAGAGAUAACUUCUACUACAAACGCGAAGGAUGGGAAGGAGGACACGCGGUGCUCCUCACGCUGAAAGUCCGGUCGUCUCCACCGAACACCGACUCUUGCUCUUCAGCCGUUCUUCCCCGGAGGAGCUAACGUUAGCUUGCUAGCGAGCAGCAACAUCGGCUUGUUAGCAACAACCGCUGCCUUCGAUUGCGGACCUCCCAGCUGGCAUUCGUCGAAAACAUGGUGUACCUGUUAAACCCUGUAGAGAACCUGAGGAGCUACAUCAACAACCGUCCCCCGCUGGUCAUUUUUAUGAUCAGCGUCAGUGCGGUGGCCAUCGCCUUCCUCACCAUCGGUUAUUUCUUCAAGAUUAAGGAGAUCAGGUCUCCAGAGUUGACAGAGGACUGGAACACCUUCCUGCUGCGCUUCAAUGAGCUGGACCUCUGCGUGUCCGAGAACGAAACCAUAAAGCACGGCCUGAACGAGUCCACCACGCCGGAGAGCUUGGUGGUGACCAGCGGCCAGGCCCGGUCCAGCACCCAGGUUCCCCUCCUGCUGGACGACUCGGGCGCCGUCAACAUCUCGGUCCCCAUCACCCUCACUUUGGACCCCCAGCGCCCGUUCGGGGGGUACUCUCGCAAUAUCACCCACCUGUACGCCACGGUGCUGGGGCAGCAGGUCGGACUCUCUGGCCGGGAAGCCCACGAAGAGAUAAACAUCACUUUCACCCUGCCGGCAUCCUGGAACUCGGACGAGUGUGUGCUGCACGGCCACUGCGAGCAGGUGGUGUUCAGCACUUGCAUGACCGUCGCGGCGGCCAGCAACGUCUUCCCGGUCACAGUGCAGCCGCCGCACUGCGUGCCGGAGACGUACACCAACGCCACCUCUUGGUACAAGGUGUUCACCACAGUCCGCGACUCGGACACCAAGUACAGCCAGGACUACAACCCGCUGUGGUGCUACAAAGGAGCCAUCGGCAAGUUGUACCACGCACUCAACCCAAAGCUCACCGUCAUCGUCCCCGACGAUGACCGCUCCCUCAUCAACCUGCACCUGAUGCACACAAGCUACUUCCUGUUUGUCAUGGUCAUCACGAUGUUCUGCUACGCGGUCAUCAAGGGGCGGCCCGGCAAAGCGCGGCAGCCAAACCCCGACUCGUGUCCCGAGAAGGUGCAGCCGACACCAGCAGUGCUUUAUGACGAGAACAGGUGGCGCUGUCAGAGGGUUAAAAAGGCCUCCGAGAGCUCCCUCAGAACGUACCUGUGAGGUGGACGGUGUGAACAAACAUACCAGGUGCCUAGUGAACCCUGGAAGUAACUAUAAGGGACACAAAAGCUCUCUGAAUGCAUUACUCCGCAAUGUUGGGUUUUUCCAACCAAAGAUAUACAAGUGCCUGUAUCAUGUCGUGUACAUAUUUGUAGAAACUCUUCUUUUCUUGUUCUUCUUUCUUUUUGCCUGAGUCCCCCCCGCGUGCCAUGUUCAGAACACGCAGUACGUUACAAAGCAAAGCAGCCAGAGAACCACGCGGCCAUCGUUUGGUUCCCUCUCGUUCGCCCGGAAAAACCCGGGAAGAAAGAAAACGCAGCGUCCGCGUUGAUCACAGAUCUCAGCUGCGGGUGUUUUUGGACGAUGAGAAACUCCGUUAAGUGAAAACGAGCUCCUCCGUCUCCACUCGUCGUUCAGCUUCACCAAGGGGGGGGGGGGGGGCAUUAAUUCAGCACUUUCCUCUGCGUCCUCAAAGGUCGGAUCAGGAUGGACUUAUUUAAUGAGUUUCAAUAGUCCAUUUUUCUUUUGUUUACACAAAAGUUGUCUCUUCAAAAAUAUGACUCUGCCUUUUUUUUCCCUCUGUGGCUCCGUCGCUCCGCUGCCUCCCGUCUUCAUUCUCUGCCCCUCCUCCGCCCUCCUCCACCCUCCUCGUUUCUUCCAUGACGACGGAAUCGAACUGGUGAUCUGGUUCCGCUCGGUGUAAAAUAAUGUUUUUAUUUGAAGUGAAUCUUCUUCAGGCGUCGAGUGUUUUGCCGUCUUUGGCACCUUUGGGAUUAUUUUGCACCUUUUUGUCAUUUGCUCCUGUGAUAUUUUUCACAUAUAAUAUAUUUUUUUUUUAUGUCCACGGUCACAUGUAAACAUAUUGAGCUGUAUAAACUUGGUUUCAGUUGGACAAAAAAACAAACAUAGUUAUGUAUUAGUAUAUAAUUCUAUUCGUACAACCAUGGUGGUGUAUUUAUGAUUUAAAUCAUUUAAUGUUCUAUUCUGUCCACCAAAAACUCAAUCUGUGUGUUGGGAGAAAUGUUUUGAUGAAUAAAAAGGCGGCUUUAGACUCAACCGGGCACAGUGACACAAAACAAGCGCACCUUUCGCAUGAAGUGGUUGUGAUUCUCGGAGAAUUCAUAAUAUACAGCAAGUAAAAAAAAAGAAAGUGUGUUAAUGAGAUAAAGAACCUGAGUUUAAAAAAAACAAUUAACACAAAUGUAAAAUCAAUUUUCAUCAAACGAGGCAAUUUGGUGUAAAAGUAGAGAAUGAAUUCAGUCAAACAGUCCAAAUAUUUCUCCAACUGUUACAGCGAUUACAUAUUGUUUCUUACCUGUUAUUGGUUGAUUCCAUUAUGGACGAACCUGUUGAAUGUACUUUUUUUUUUUUUUACAAGCAGCAUAAUCUGAAUCUGAGAUUCCAGUGAUUUCCUAGUUUUUCUCCAGUUUUAAAGACGCUUUACUUGAAUCGUGUUUCUGUUCCAGUGGUUUUCAUUUAUUUUCUGUCUGUGGCCAGAAAUGAUUCUCUCUUGUCACAUUAUUGAGACAAAUAAUGUAAAGUAGUUGAGCUUUGUCAGGCUGCAUGAGAUGUGAAGUGAAUGACGUACGGCAUUAUUUACCCCCCCCCCCCCUCCCCCGUGUGUGAUGCAUCGAUCUAAUUACAAAAAGGCCUUAACAUUGUUCACUUUACGUUCGUCACAUGUCUCGUAUUGUAAAACACCAGCUUGACAGAAUGAAUCCACGUUGGCACCAGUGGGUCACAUGACCGCUCGUACGUUCAGAGAAAUGGAUUCAUAUCUAAAGAAGAAAGAGCAGAUUCCAGCCAUCCACUAUAAGACCCCCACUCAGCCCCCCCGUUGUGUUGACAUCGCUUACAGGCGAGUAUUACGCCGACUCUGUGCCUUCCCCCCCCGUGCAUCCUGUCGAUAGGACCUUCAACCAUCCCCCGUUUCCCUCCAGUGGAACUGCUGUAAAUGAACUCCAGUUUAAAUAAACCGUCUCAGAAGUUCACCACCA